AUGAUCGAAAUGUUUCUCAACAAGAUAAACUCGGUACUUCCGUUAUUUCACGCUGGCACAUUCUUGCGUCUGGUUGGCGAAUGUUAUUCCCGCACACCUCGACAACGGGAUCCAGUCGCGUGGGCUGCGAUCAACGUGGUCCUGGCCUUGACCUGUCAGCAAAUCUCGCCACCAGAUGGUGAUGGUGAUGUAGGAGCUCGGGCGGACCAUACCACCGAAUAUCUGAAUAGAGCACAAUCCGUCAUCUCAGAUGUAAUGCUGAGCGAAACUCGACUCUUAAACAUACAGACGCUAGUAGGCAUGGUGAUGGUCCUCCAGAGCGCCCACGAUCCAACCCAAGCUCUGAUCUUGAUAGCAGCAACAAUUCGCCUAGCACACAAAAUGGGUCUUCAAAAUCGGGCCACAUCAGCACACCUAGGCCCUGAAGAAAGGAGACAGCAUAAUCACGUCUUCUGGCUGGUGUAUAUCUUGGACAAGGAUUUAAGUCUGCGGGCACAACAACCGUCUAUCCAGGUUGAUGAUGACAUUGAUCUAGACUUACCACAUUCCCUACCUGCGGAUGAUGAUGGCGACGGUGACGCUCCUGGAGUAGUAGCUACCUCUGAUGGAAACGCCAGGAUGAACUACUUUCUGGCUCGUGUACAACUAGCUAACAUCGAGGGCGGCGUAUAUGACUGCAUCUUCUCAACGAGAGCGGCGAAACGCAGUCCGGAGGAGCGACUCGCCGCAGCCGAUAGUGUACUUGGAGCCCUCGAGAAAUGGCAGGCUGAGAUACCAUCUGAGUUCGGAGGCGCCGCCGUCAUUGCUUCGAUGGCAAAUGACGACUCCGCAAGUAUUGGCUUCUUUUGUAUUUUACACUCUAUCAGCCUUCGUUGUAUGACUCUUGUUAGUAGAGCUCAUGCUUGGAACGAGGAGUGGGUGCGGGGCGUGCACGACAUUGUGAGAGGUACGAGAAAACUGCAGCUUCCUGUUAUAUGGUCAGCACUGGUAUACCAAGCGCGGGACUACAUGAUUUUGUUUGAACAGGCAUGGUCAGCGGAGAUCUGGUUUCGCUGGUAA